GGGGGCAAUCUCGCGGGGGGCUGAUUUGAACUCGUUACUUUUCCCCUUGUUAUUGAGAGGACAAACCCAGAAAUUGGUUAGAAUGUCUUGUCCCUCUACCAACCUUCACUCUUCCUGUUCUCAUAUUUGAUUUCGAAAUUAGUUCGAGCUCUUAAUCUUGACAGAUCUGAUUCGAAUUCUAAGUUUCUCGGUCGAUUUCCAGUCGAAUGAGUAGUGCUUGAAGGACUGUUUUAUCUUUCGGGUCGAUAAAGAGAAACAGAAUACAACUAAAGAUGCAGAGCCGGGGAUCCAGUAACAAGCUACCUAGUCUGGUUAUCCGAUCCCGGAUUUCGGCUCUGAUGCUUUCUAUGUUCGCUACGAUGGCUUCGAUUUAUGUCGCCGGCCGCCUAUGGCAGGAUGCAGAAAACAGGGUCUAUUUAAUUAAGGAGAUUGAUAGAAUAACUGGGCAGGGGCAAUCAGCUAUAUCAGUAGAUGAUACACUGAAAAUCAUAGCUUGCAAAGAACAACAGAAGAAAUUAUCUGCCCUUGAGAUGGAGCUAGCUGCAGCUAGACAGGAAGGCUUUGUUUCAAAGCAUUUGUCAGGGACAGAUGGCACCAGUUCUAAGAAAAGGUUGUUAGCAGUGAUUGGAAUAAUUACAAAGUUUGGCCACAAAAACAAUAGGGAUGCGAUCCGUAAGGCAUGGAUGCCAACUGGUGCAGUGCUGAAAAAGCUGGAAGAUGAGAAGGGCAUUGUUGUACGAUUUGUGAUAGGAAGGAGUGCCAAUCGUGGAGACAGUAUGGACAGGGACAUUGACAAAGAAAAUAGGCAGACCAAUGAUUUCAUUAUUCUUGAUAAUCAUGUUGAGGCACCUGAAGAGAUUCCAAAGAAGACAAAAUUUUUCUUUGCACAUGCAGCAGAUACAUGGGAAGCUGAGUUCUAUGCAAAGGUCAAUGAUGAUGUGUAUGUUAAUAUUGAUGCUCUGGGUGCUAUGCUUGCAACUCAUUUGGACAAACCUCGUGUUUAUAUUGGGUGUAUGAAAUCAGGAGAAGUUUUCUCUGAACAGAACCACAAGUGGUAUGAACCAGACUGGUGGAAAUUUGGUGAUGGAAAAUCCUACUUUCGUCAUGCUUCUGGUGAGAUGUUUGUUAUAUCCCGAGCAUUGGCCCAGUUUGUUUCCAUAAAUAGGCAUAUUCUUCGUACAUAUGCACAUGACGAUGUUAGCGUCGGAUCAUGGUUUAUUGGCAUUGAUGUCAAACAUAUAGACGAAGGGAAGUUUUGCUGCUCGUCUUGGUCUUCAGGGGCUAUUUGUGCAGCCGUAUGAUUCAAUAUCUCUAGAUCCAUAGAUAGAAGACUGUCGGCCCAGUGGCAAUAGGCUUCCGUAGAGGGUGUUAUUUUCACUGCCCCAUUUCACUUUUCAGGCAUUUGAUUCGACACAUCUGACAACAUUCAUUUCCUCUUAGUAAGUUCCCCAACAAGAAGCUAGUCAGAGGAUUGAGGCUGUGAAACGAUUAACACCUGAUGAGGAGUCGUCAAAACUCAAUAUUUCAGAGAUUGGAGUGUGGAUGCAGGCAAUUGCAACUAUUUGACGGUACUUUGGAAGAGUGAGAGGAAAAGAUCCAAUGAUUUUUUUGUACUGCAUUCCAGCAAUUUUUCCCCAACGUGUGGUGAUAAAAGGGGUUAACCAUUCUUUCCCAUGUAGAAUCCAUACAAAAUUAAAAUUCGUAUCAGUAGAAAAAACGAAAAUUCAUUUCAGUGUCUACAUAAUUGAUGAUUCCCCGUUGUUUCUCUAUCCA